GGGGCGGUAUGCCAGAUACCUGCCUUAUAUUCCUUUGACAGACGUCAGAAGUCUGCGACCACGACAGGCAUAGUAGGCGGAACGGACCCGUUGUUUCGCAAAUGAUCGAAUAUUUAUUAUUGCAUGGUUGGCCCCUGGGCCGCAUGUCACUACCGUGCCAGGGAUGAGGAUCCGGCUGCAGGCUCCCGGCCACGCCGCCGGUCUCCUCUCGGAGCUAAACCGCUGUCGCCAGGCCCGUCUGUACUGCGACGUGCUCCUACAGGCGGGCGGGCGCUCGUUCGCCGCUCACCGCGCCGUGCUGGCCUGUGGCGGGGCGCACUUCCGCAGCCUGUUCUCCCGCGGCCAGAUGGGAGCCUCAGGAGGCCCCGGCACCGCCGUCUCCUCCUACUCCCUGGACUUUGUGUCGCCGACCAACUUGGAGAAGGUGCUGACGUUCAUCUACACGGGGGAGAUCCUGACGGACCUGAUCGACGUGGGCGUGCUGUACGAGCUGGCCGUGAGGCUGGGGGUGAGGGAGCUGGUGAGGGCGUGCCACAACACCUUCCCCGACCUGCAGGGCUCGGCCUCUGCUGACUGCGCGGCCGAGCGGCAGGGGGAUGUGGAGGGGGCCGUGGGGGCCGUGGGGGCCGUGGGGGCGUCGGGCUCUGUGUGCUCCUCGUCUGCCGCCUCCUGCUCCUCCUUGUCCUCGUCCGUGGGGCCGUCGGGGGCCCCCACUCCUGCCGCGCCCUCCCCUCUGGCCCAGAGCAGGGGGAGCAGGGCCAGCCGGGGUCACAGCACUCCCCUGCCAGUGGCCCUCAAGGCUGAGGACAUGCAUUCUCACCUGGGCUAUGGGCAGAUGGCCGACGGGGUCGGUCAGCUCGCUGGGGACCAGGUUGGACUAGCCAGCCACAACCACCAGACUGAGGGGGCUCCCAAAGGCCCCUCCCUGCCGCUGAAGACUGAGGAGGGGGCAGCCACGGGGGCCUGUGAGGAUGGGGAGGGACAGACGGUCAGCGGGAGCAGAGCUGGAUCUCUGCCCCUGGGCGUCUCUGAGCCCUGUUCCUUUCCCGACUCGUCAGGCCCCCUGGGGGCAGAGGCCGGCGACCCCUCCUCUGGGGACCCUCUGGACAGCCUGCAGGUGGGGGCGGUGGAGGGCGGGGUGGCGGUGGGAAACGACGAAGGCCUCAUCUUCGGGGGGGAGGUGGAGGACCAGGAAGAGGAGGAGAGGGGGGCGGGGCGGGGGGACGGGAGCGACGUGGCGGAGCAGUGGAGGCAGCUGGCCGGGGAGAUCAUCGAGCUGAGCGACGACGAGAACUACAUGGAGGAGGAGGAGGAGGAGGAGGAGGAAGAGGAGGAGGAGGAGGACCUGGUGUGUGUGGAGAACGGGGGGCGGGAGGGGGGGGUGGCGGCCGGUAGCCAGGGCUCCGUAACCACGGCGGCGUGCAAGACCUGCGGCGCGGUGCUGCGGGCGGACUCGGCCACGCUCCGCUCCCACGCCGAGACGCACCACAUCACGGAAACGGGCGCCUGCGGCGUGUGCGGCGCCCAGUUCCCGGACCGCGGCGCCGGCGUCACCCACGCUCUCUCCCACGUGGGCGUGCUGCUGUUCUCCUGCGACAUGUGCCGCCUUCAGUUCUGCAGCCAGGCCAAGCUGCUGCGCCAUCGGCGGCAGGCUGCGGCCAGCUACACCCACCCCCUGCCCUCCAGCACCACCAAGGGGCAGGGCCCGGAGGUGCAGUGUGCCAUCUGCACCAAAACCAUCACCAAGGACUUCCAGGUCGUCAGAGACCACCUCCUGAGCCACAUGUGCUCUCAGACCCUGACCUGUGGCGUGUGCCAGCAGCGCCUGCCCUCCCUGUGCUCCCUGCUGUGGCACGCCCUCAACCACCUGGCCCUGCCCGUCUACUCCUGCCUCCACUGCACCUGCAGCUUCCUGGAGCUCCCCCUGCUGGACAGGCACAUGGCGCUGCACGCCGAGGAGGAGGCGGCAAGCGGCGGGGACCGGGAGCUCAGCAGGAGGCUGAAGGCUGCGGGGAGCGAGGGGGAGGACGAGCUGCGCUGCUUCCUGUGUCCCCAGACCUUCCGCUCCUCGUCGGCCUUCCACUACCACCUGAGCUUACACACCAGCGAGUCCCUGGGAGGGCAGGGCUGGCCGCCGGGCAAGCGCAAAGCCGACCACGCCCUGGACUACCCCCCGCCCUCCUGCGCCUCCUCUUCCCCCCUGGAGGCGGCCGGGAGCCUGGGGAAGCUGAGCAGCCUGGGUUUCGGCCUGGGGAUGGGCUUCAACCUGUCGGACAAGCUGCUCCAGGGCGGCGGGGCUAGCUUCCCUUCCGGGCUGCUGAGCAACGGGGGCCCGGGGCUGGACGGGGCGGGCGGGGUGCCCCGGGGGAAGUGGUACCGCUGUCGUUUCUGCGGCAAGCGCUUCGCCCACUCGGGCGAGUUCACCUACCACCUCCGCAUCCACACGGGGGAGAAGCCGUACCAGUGCAAGGUGUGCCUGCGCUACUUCCGGGGCCGCUCCACCAUGAUCUGCCACCUGAAGACGCACGCGGGGGCCCUGAUGUACCGCUGCACCGUGUGCGGCCUCUACUUCUCCACCCUCAAGCUGGUGUCCUCGCACAUGGAGGCCCACAAGGACCACCUGCCGCCCGACUUCAACAUCGAGCAGACGUUCAUGUACAACGACCACUCCAAAGAAGCCCUCCCCACGCUGGACACCUGAUCUGCUACUGCUGUGUCCUCUGCUGUGUGCCAUGGCUGCCUGUCUGUCUGCCUGUCUACCUGCCUGUCUACCUGCCU